CCGGCUACAUAUGUAUUAAGAAUCCGAGACCCUCCUUGACCUUUCCAAGUGCAUUUUCUAACCCCCUCUUCAUUGACUACCUAUGUAUGUAUGGACGGACUGAUACAUAAGCCUGGGAAUUACCUGGAUGCAACAUAUUGCGUACCCAUCUCAGGCACAUCGAGUCUCAAUCGCGGCUGAAACAGCUUCGGCUGGACUGCAUCGGCCAACUGCAUACUACAUAUACUGGACUACACAUACAUGCAACACCGAGUCCGGCGUACCACUGUAACUAGCAUCUGCACGAGACGCAUUUCGGGCCCUUGGAUACCAGAGCGACCUGCACCAUCUGCCAUAUUUUACCUCGGAGCGGCUUCUUUAACAGCUCUCUACUCAUCAGCAAUUUUUUCCCCAGCUGUUUGGAUCAACAAUAGCAUCUUUGAAACCAAGCAAAAAACCACUCUAUUUGCCAACCAUUCCCCUUUAGUCCAAGCUUCUCCGAGCCCCUUGAUCCCCGGACCUGAUCCCCGGACACGAUACUCGCUAGCGAAGGCCGUGUCCACCAAAUACAAGCAAAGCGUCCAGCGUGCCCAGGCACAACAAGGACAAGGACGGUUCCAAUUUACUCCAUUGAACCAAAGACUUGGAAGCAACCGAACCAGUCCAGCCCAGCCCACGCAAGAAACCAAAUCGAUCAGCAGUGCUUGGACCGAGCGUCAGAAGGAAACGGACCUUACUUACUGUACCUUGACCUAACGUUAGCUGAGGAAUUACCGGGACGUGCGACAGAUUCUCACCUCCAGCUACCGAUUGAUUACCUUACCUUACCUAGGUACCCUACCAGCUUACUUACAGACAGACUACUUGCGCCCGCGCCGCACUUUGCGAUUCUUGCUGCCGCUGUUACCCUCCAAGUUCUCAACCAUCUCCACAACCUACCAACCUACCAACCUACCAACCUACCAACCUACCUUACGCAUCUGUAUCUCUCUUUAAAAUACCCAAGUGAGUGACUUUACUAAGGUAAGGUGGUUAACAAUACCUAUCACACGGUCUUGCUCGCCCCUCUCUGUUCAUCUCCCGCGUUCUGCUCCCAAAUUAUCCCCUUCAUUUCCCCGUUUCUCCUCUUCAUUCCCAACAUCAUCCCUCCAUCUACACAUACAUACACACACAUGCGCACACACUGGCAGGAUCUCGCAGGGUUGUCGUUCUCUUCAAUCUUUGGUAGUCCAGGACAGACAACGUAAUUACUGGCAUCAGUAUCUGUGCCACUCUUGGGUGUUACCUGAACUUUUAGGGGUAUUCCGCCUGUCCCGUCACUCUGCUGCUGCUACCCACCGAGUCGCACUCUCUGGGUUGGCCUCCAUUCCCUUGGCUCCUCUUACACAAGGUGUUUAAAACUCCCUCGCUUGGUUCAGGCACCAAGAGCGCAACAUCUUGUCUUGAUUACCGCGAAUAACAGACCCAAUUGCAUCCAUACUGUUAUCAUUGAGUCAAUCAUCCGUGGCAGCCAUCAACGCGCAACAACUGUUUACCUCGAUCCUCAACCACCACGUAGAGGCAGAUUGCGCCAGACUGCGAUCCGCCUCACAAAACCAUUCAUUCCUGCUCGGUCGUCACUCAUCUCUCAAAAUUUGACGACAUACUCAUCAACUUUGCGAUUGCGCCCGCGACUGCACCCCAAUACAAUACCAACGACAGACGCGAUCACGACAAGCUUGAACUCCAAGGUCUCUUCGAUUGUCGCAUUCGCUUAACCCCAAAUCGAAUUUCCCCGACGAAUAACGUCUUGCCCCAGCUUAUGCAACUGCACAGUGGGCAAUGAACAUUGAUCGAAGCGCACCACCAUCCGAUCCAGCAAGGAUAGCAUCUCCAACAGCCAACCUUUCCUAUCGCGCAAGUCCCUUGCCGCCUCCAACGGCUACUUCAGUGAAAUCAUCUGCUGCGACAGCAGCCCUAUCCAACACCACAAGUACAGCCGCAUCUACUGCGUCACUUUCGGCCAUGGCUACACCAAGUUUUCUCCCUCCUGGCCCUCGAUCUAUGCCACCACCAUACGCUCAACCCCAGAUGUCGCGCGAUAUCCACAGAUACACUCCGGCACCAAUAGGCUUCUCAUCUAGCCCGGUUAAAGUCUUAAUUCGAAAUCUGCCGCUCGAAACCUCCAAGGAGUCAGUGCGGUUCAUGCUGGUUUGGUCGCAAGAUCUUGUUGAUGUCGAACUACUUUCUGUUGACCCUGCAGAGCCACACUAUCGUAAAGCAUUGCUCAAAUUCCGAACAAGGGCGGGCGCUGAGAACGCCAAACAGCUGCUGGAUGGGUGCGCCAACACUUCCAAUAGUGCGCAUUUGAGGGUCGAAAUUCUCAGCGACGAGUCCCCUGCUGCGCAUCAACAGCCUACAGAAGCUGUUCACAGCGGCUUUCAUUCACUGGAAAGCAUCUCCCCUCAGACAGCCAAUGUUUACCCAGUGCAUGACCUUACUCAGAGUGAUGGCAAUUUGCAACAGAUUUUCUCGUCACCUUCUCCCAUCGGCAAUCGCCUGAACGAGCCUGGCAGGGUGACAGGCAAGAGCCUCAUCGCCAAUGAAACUGAUGACGAAAGUUUGGACACACUUCUCUACGGCAAUGCGCCGCGCAGGGCCACAGUUGAUAAUGUUCCCAUCAACAGGAUGGAUGCUCUUUCACUCAACACCAACGUGCCCCCUUCCGCUCCUUCGUCUCUACCUCACUACGGCAGCGGAAUGUCAGCACAGUCUGGCCCCAUGUCUCCGUCGGGCAAGGGUCAUUAUGGGUACCAGGCUCCUAACCAAUCGCCGUACGGACGUAUGAACUAUCCACACGCCAAUACGGCUGAUCAGAACCCCCCUUGCAACACUCUGUAUGUUGGUAACCUUCCUAUGGAUACGGCAGAAGAAGAACUCAAGACUCUCUUCUCCAAGCAGCGGGGCUACAAACGUCUUUGUUUUCGCACGAAAGGAAAUGGGCCUAUGUGCUUUGUCGAAUUCGAGGACAUCCCAUUCGCUUCCAAGGCACUGACGGAACUAUAUGGGAAGCUUUUGUCCAACAGCAACAAGGGUGGAAUUCGACUCAGCUUCUCCAAGAACCCCCUUGGUGUACGAGCUGGUCAGAACCCUGCUCACGCAAACCCAGGUGCACUGGGUCAAAUGAACGGCAAUCUUGCCGCUUCUAUGAAUGCUUUCGGGUCAGCCAACCGCACAGCUUCUGGACCACCUCCUGGUCUUCACCCGCCCAUGCUCGGAAACGGCCGAGGCCCCUUCCAUGGAGGGGCCUCCAUGAACCCCAGCCCCGUUGGCACUUUUGGCGGUUUCACACAUCAAGGCUGGCCUGUUCCCGCGUUCAACAACCAUGCUACGCCAUCGUCUCACAGUACCUAUGCUCAGUCAUCAGGCUUCGGUCAAACUUAUAUGCUGCGAGAUUAAACAAAAUACGCUCCAUGGUUAACGAGCACAGUUCGCAUCCUUGGGUUUUAGGUGUGACUAUACCUGUCGUUGGCCUGGGGGCUUUCGUGCUCAAUUGAUGCAUUGCUUUUUCAUGCUUUGUUUUGUUUUCUUUUCUUCAUAUUUUCUCAAUGAUUCCCCAUUUUUAACGAACACCCACUCAUUUUCAUCUUUUAUAUACGGCGUUUUGAUUCCUCGCAAUUGUGAGUGCUUGUUAAACUUACAGCCGUCUUGUGGAUGGUUCGGCUCGGUGUGGAUAUAUUUCAAAGCCGACGGACAUCAAGUCUCACCAGGCUUUGAUCUGGUGUAACCUAGCACACUGUUUGCCUGGGUCUCGUACUUCGAGUUCAAGCCACCAACUCUCGCUGCGAACCCCUUCCGACUUGAUCGCGCCCCUGAUUUCUCUCAAUACAAUUGGCAACUGCAACUGAGGCGCAACCUAUCACUUCACGGUCAAAACCCAAAGAAGAAGAGAAAAGCAGUAAAACAAAGACGGUAGAGCAUGGCGAAAGUCACCAAAGGAAGUGAAGAAGAAUGAAGGUUAGGAGUUGAGAUGUGGCGAGUCACAAUGGAAAGUGUUUUUUGCAUGAAAGAACGGGGUUCAGAAAGCGUGGGUUAUUGGGAUUCAUUUGGUUCAUAUCAAUCAAUGCUGGGAGUUCAUUUGGAAUAAGGUAAGGAUGGAUCAUGAUUCCCUGGAGCAUGGAAGAAACUGGAGCGGUCGUCCCGCGUUUGCAUUCAGAAGGAUUGGAGCAUGGGAUUGGACGGCUACACGAGACCAAGGACUCGACACACACGCAUACCAAGAUAUCACCGCUGGGCAUUUCCAGCAGGUCGCAUCGGCAUUGAGGAGUUCAUCUAUCUGAUCCACCACUGCGGGAAACUGGUGUUUGAAGUCUUUCUUGAUGGUCAUCUUGGCCAGGCUUGAUAACGUCACAAGGCAGGCAUACUUGAGCUCACAUCGGUUGCUGUUGGAUCAGAGCUCUUUGAGAUGUCUCAUUGGGAAGGGAGGGCAGCAUCAAUGGAACAUUGGGAAAGGACUGGGCUCAACGCGAUAUAUCCACAUAUGCAUCGCGUCAGGCGCAGGAAUAGGGCGUUACCUUUCUAUUUGUUUCUCUUUUUCUUUUCUUUUCGCGCAUCAGAAUUCGGACUGGCACGCGAGUUGGGGCAUGCAUUUUGCAAGCACAGCCUUUUACAUCUUGAUUAGGACGGAUGAAGCAUAGCACGGUGGAUUAUGGGCUUUCUUCUGGUAAAUGUUGUUGAGUCUCAAUGAUACGGCUACAGAUUCCUACCUUGGGCCGGUAGGCGGUUAUUAGCGAUAGAGUACAAGUUUCAGUUGUUUAUUUGUUUUAAACUCUCGUGUCUCGGCGUGCAUGCAAUGACAAUUCCCUCGCUCUCUAGCAAUCUCAAUCAAUCCCUCGCAU